AUUAGCCGAGGUAGUAACUCAUUACAGUGCCAACGCUCGUUGCGAAAAGAGGCGACAAGUGAAAAGCCCGGAAAAAUAGCAAGGAAAAAAGGCUGGUUUCCCCAAAAGUGCGUGCGGAGCUUCCACAAAAUAAAAAUAUUAACAGCUUGAUCUGCCGAUCUGCGAUCUGCGAUCGUCGAUCUGCCAGAAAAGCGGGGAAACUGCUGGAGAAGUGAAGGGAUCCGGAUCCCGUCCCCGAAGACCGACCGAGUGUCAACAAGACCGGCGAAUAAAUCGUGCAAACAGCAGCAAACAGACGGACCAGACAGAGCAGACUCGGUCUGAAGCUCAGGUUCGGGGCUUAUUUAAGGCCCGCUGCCCGCCGACUGUCAAUCAGAACAAAUCCAGCUGCCAGCGGCAGCAGAUCGCGAGUGAAGAGGAGUCACAGUCACCUGCAGAAUCACCUGAAUCUCCAGCUCAACGUGAGCCGGGACAAUAAAUAAUAAUAAAAAUAAUAAAAGCCGUGUGGCUUUGGUCAAUAAUUAAACAGCAAAUACUCAUUCCACUGCAACACACCUCAGACACUGAGUUUAUUUUCUCCAUUCUGAGCCGUGUAGUACUUACAUUGUGAUAUUUAAACGUGCCACCUGCAGCGGUGUAAUCAAUUUGCAUUAACACUUUGUGUUUAAACUUCAACAAAAGCUUAAAACAACUCUGCAAUUAACAAGAUGUCGGCAUCAAAGGAGGCCAUUUGUGCGAGCACUGAGAAGGAUCUGGAGAAGCCUCCGCUAGGAUGCUUUGCCACCCGCUAUUUUGUGACCUUUAUGCUUUUCCUGGGCAUGGCCAAUGCGUAUGUGAUGCGGACAAACAUGUCGGUGGCCAUUGUGGCCAUGGUCAAUCACACGGCGAUUAAGUCCGGUGACGAGGUGUUCGAUGAUGAGUGCGGAGAUCGUGAUAUACCCAUUGACGAUUCCCAGGAUGGCGAAUUCCCCUGGAAUUCAGCCCUGCAAGGCUAUAUCCUCUCCUCCUUCUUUUACGGCUAUGUCAUCACCCAGAUUCCCUUUGGCAUUUUGGCCAAGAAGUACGGCUCGCUGCGCUUCCUGGGCUAUGGCAUGCUAAUCAACUCGGUCUUCGCCUUCCUCGUCCCGGUGGCUGCCCGCGAAGGCGGCGUCUGGGGUCUGUGUGGAGUGCGCUUCAUCCAGGGCCUGGGCGAGGGUCCCAUUGUGCCCUGCACUCACGCUCUUCUGGCCAAAUGGAUCCCACCCAACGAGAGAUCACGAAUGGGCGCCGCCGUCUAUGCGGGAGCUCAAUUUGGAACCAUCAUCUCGAUGCCAUUGUCCGGUCUGCUGGCGGAAUACGGAUUCGAUGGCGGCUGGCCAUCGAUCUUCUAUGUAUUCGGAGUGGUGGGCACCGUGUGGUCCAUUGCCUUCCUGAUGUUUGUGCAUGAAGAUCCCUCGGUUCAUCCCACCAUUGAUGAGCGGGAGAAGAAGUACAUUAACGAUGCGCUAUGGGGAACCGAUGUGGUCAAGAGUCCUCCAAUUCCCUUCAGGGCCAUCAUCAAGUCCCUGCCCUUCUACGCCAUUCUGUUCGCUCACAUGGGUCACAACUACGGUUACGAGACUCUGAUGACCGAGCUGCCCACCUACAUGAAGCAGGUGCUUCGUUUCUCCCUGAAGUCCAACGGACUGCUCAGCUCCCUGCCCUACUUGGCCAUGUGGCUGCUGUCCAUGUUCAUCUCGGUGAUUGCCGACUGGAUGAUCAGCUCCAAGCGCUUCUCCCUGACCGCCACCAGGAAGAUUAUCAACAGUAUUGGCCAAUAUGGCCCAGGAAUAGCCUUGAUCGCCGCCUCCUAUACAGGCUGCGACCGAGCCUUGACGCUGGCCAUUCUCACCAUUGGUGUGGGCCUGAACGGAGGCAUUUACUCGGGCUUCAAGAUCAACCACUUGGAUCUUACGCCCCGCUUUGCCGGUUUCCUGAUGGCCAUCACGAAUUGCUCGGCCAACUUGGCCGGUCUGCUGGCGCCCAUUGCCGCAGGCAAUCUGAUCUCUGAUCCCAGCAAGCCCAUGAUGGGUCAGUGGCAGAUCGUGUUCUUCAUUGCCGCCUUUGUGUACAUCAUUUGCGGCACCUUCUACAACAUCUUCGGUUCCGGAGAACGCCAGUUCUGGGACAAUCCCGAGGAUGAUGAGCAAAAGCCAGCCCUGCAGGCUACCAGCACCACCACACCCCAAAGGCUGAGCAAUGGAGCGGCGCCACCGACGCAGGCCAUCACCAGCUCCUAGGAAGCGGCCAGGAUUUAGGAUUAGCCAAUACACACACACACACCGUACACUAUAUGAUAUGAAAUGCGUAGCUUAGUCCUUGUUUUAGUUACCUAUAUAUAUAUAUGUUAAGCCAAAAGUUGUUAUACCGAUAGCUAGCCACUGAUCUAUUCCUAUACCUGCAUAUACACUAACGAUCUACUUAGCUAGCGAUCCUUAGAACAAAAGACAGUUUAGCUUCCGAUUGUAAAUGUGAAUUGUGAAUUCAAACCCCAAAACUGAAAACCAAACCAAAUCGAGCACAAAUUGUCUGCUUUAGUUAGGCAAAUCGAGGUCUACCAUUGCAAAUGCGUAGUUUUCUAAUCUUAUUGUGAUAGCGACAGAGUUUAGUUCUCUCACCGAUUUGUUUUGAAACGAAAUGAUCCGCUCAAGCGAACAUUGUUAAGUAAGCAAGCAACCAAAUGUAUGAAAAAUCAAUUAAAACUAUAGUUUAAGGAUAUCAAAAAAAAA